UGUUACUCAUAAAUAAUAUUGUCAUUUCUUCUAUCCUUUUCUCAAAUAUCUUUUGAAGCUGUCUGAUCUGCCAUUGAAACUUUCAGGUCAUAAGCAUUAACCGCAAAGGAAAGAAACGAGAAUACAGUAGAUAUGGCUCAUGCAAGUGUGGCUUCUCUUAUGAGAACGAUAGAAUCGCUCUUGAUAUCCAAUUCGCCAAUGCAAUCUCUAAUCCCAAAGCAAGAACUUUGCGCUCUUCGCGAAAAAGUUAGUUCCCUGGAAUUAUUUGUCAAGAACUUUGAGAAAAACAAUGUUUCUGGAGAAAUGACAGAUUUUGAAGUAGAGGUAAAAGAAGUUAUUCAACUGAGACUAACAGAAACUGUAGUGGGAGAAAAUAAAAGCAUCAUAGGAAUCAUUGGCUCAAUAUUUUUCAAAGGAAUCUCGAAUAUAUGGACACGCAGAAAGUUUCGUAAAAGCCUUCAACAAUUAGCAAAGGACAUUGAUCAUGUCUGGAAAGAGACAACAAAGAUUCAAGAUAAAGGCAAACAAGUAUCAAAGGAAUCAUUGGUUCAUGAUUUUGCAAGUUCAACAAACGCUAUUCUGAAUGUUAACAAUAAUAUGGUUGGACGUGAUGAUCUAAAGGAACACUUGUUAGAAGAUCCGACUAUAACCUACCCCCAUGAGCACAAAGUCAUCCCGAUUGUUGGGAUGGGAGGCAUAGGUAAAACAACCUUAGCGAAAGAAGUUUUCAAUCAUGGAUCAGUUCUAUGCCAUUUUGAUGUUCGUGCUUGGGCUAUUGUAUCUCAACAACACAAAAUAAAGGAAAUUUUGCUGAGCCUUCUGUAAUCGACGAACAAAAUGGAUGACACGGAAGACGAAAAAGAUCUAAAAGACAUGCUGCAAAAAAGUUUAAAGAGAAAGAGGUACUUAAUUGUCUUGGAUGAUAUCUGGAGUUGUGAAGUGUGGGAUGGCAUGAGACGAUGCUUUCCAACUGAAGACUUCAAUGCAGGGAGUCGAACACUGUUGACUACCCGUAACAAUGAAGUAGCUUGUUAUGCUGAUACGGAGAAUCUUUCUAUGCAGAUGGGCUUCAUGAAUAAAAAUGAGAGUUGGGACCUUUUCAAAAGUGCAGCAUUUUCAAGUGAAGCAUUACCAUUUGAGUUCGAGAGUGUUGGAAAGCAAAUCGCACAUGAAUACCACGGGUUACCACUAACUAUUGUCGUGGUUGCUGGACUUCUCAAAUCUAAAUGGGAAAUAGAUGAUUGGGAAAGUGUAGCUAAAGAUGUCAAGUCAUUCGUCACAAAUGAUCCUGACAAACAAUGUUCACGUGUGCUUGGGUUGAGUUACAAUCACUUGACUAGCGAUCUAAAGACUUGUCUACUGCAUUUCGGAAUUUUUCUAGAAGACAGUGAUAUUCCAGUGAAGAGAUUGGUGAGAUCAUGGAUGGCUGAGGGUUUUCUGAAGUUGGAAAAUGAUUUGGAAGGAGAGGCUGAGAAGUGUUUGCAAGAGCUUGUCGAUAGAUGUCUAGUUCUCGUAUGCAAGAAAAGUCUAGAUGGAACAAAAAUUAGAUCAUGUAAGGUUCAUGAUCUAAUAUAUGCCCUGUGCUUGAGAGAAAUUCAAAGGGAGAACAUUUUUAUCAUGAAUGACAUUGUCCCUUUAUACACAGAUUUUCCAUAUCCCAGUAGGCAAAAAAUGCAGCCCUUUAAACGCGUGACUGGUGAUAAAAUUAAUGAUUAUUGUCGCUAUAGUCAUUAUAGGGCUCUUCUUACCCCUGUACAUCGUCAGUUGAGAGAUCAUGACAACAACGAUCUUGUGAAAAGAACCCAUUCUAUUUUCUCCUUCCAUAUUUCAUUUUUAUCUCCUCUUAUUAAAUCAGAGCUUUUUCUCAAAGUCUUGGAGUUGAGACACUAGAUUUAUAAUUCCCUGUAGAGAUACUAAGCCUCAUCUGGUUGAGGUAUCUAUCAUAUCUCUGUCUUGAGAAUUUUCGCGUACCUCCAGAAAUUUAUAGGUUAUGGAAUCUGCAGACAUUCAUUGUUCAAGGGCGUGGUGGAUCAAUUCUAAUAUCUUUUCCUGAGAAUUUGGGGACUAAUGCAAUUAAGGCAUCUUAAACUGCCCCAAUUUUAUCUGCCAAAUCCUCCAAGAGUAUCUGCUGACAAAGGGAGUCACAUGGGAUUUUCCACGUUGUUGCAGGAAGAGGGUUAUGAGACUGACUUGAGUAUUCGGGACUCUGGGCUUCUCAACAAUCUUGUCCAUCUGCAGCAACUUGAAACAUUGGGAAUUAAACUUUGCUUUAAUCUUUUGCCAGCAAGUGCAAAAGCUUUUCCAGCAACGCUCAAGAAGCUGAAGUUGGAAGCAACUGCUCCAAGUUGGUCGUACUUAGACAUUAUAGCUAAGUUGCCUAACCUUGAGGUGCUGAAGCUGAUGCGUGGUGCUUGUCGUGGAGAUGAAUGGCAUCCAAAUGUUAGGGGAUUUACUCGAUUUAAGUUUUGUUAAUUGCAGAUGAUUCUCUCAAGUACUGGAAAGCCACAGAUGACAAUUUUCCAGUACUUGAGAGCCUUGUGCUUAAAGAAUGCAGUUAUUUGAAAGAUAUACCCACUGAGUUUGCAGAAAUCCACACACUACAACUGAUUGAGUUAACAAGGUGUCUUUCCGAACUUGGCGAAUCUGCUGCAAGAAUUCAACAAGAACAAGAAGAACUCGGAAACAACCCCGUGGACGUUCGUAUCUCCCGUCCAUUAAGACACGAUGUAAGAAGGCUUGACAUCGACUAAGUAUUGUGGAUUCUUUGAGCAGCUUUUGAAAAAAAGAACACAAGGAGAGGACGAGCAACAAGAGUAUUCAAUCGGUUUCUAUCCAGUAUGGGGAGUUUGAUUCGAUAAAUUUAUGUUGUAAUGUCUUAUAACUUGUUAAUUCUUAUUGUACUGUACUUUUUCUCCUUCAUGGAGCAAUUUAUAUUGUUUGAACUAGAUGAUGAUUUAGUUUAGACAAUAGUUUAAUUGGUUUAAUAUUUGUUGUGUAUGAUUCUCUCGAGAUGAUUUAGUAGAGACCAUCCAUAAUUUAGAGUCCGUGGAUUCAGAAUGUUUGUCACACUAUCAUAUGAUUUUCCUA